CCUGCUCGUGUUCCCUCCUUGAAGCCUCACGCCGAGCCUAUCGCCCCUCUCUGCCGACCCCAUCUGCCUGCUGCAGCAUCCCCUGGCCUCUCGCUGACAGCGCAGCCGCCUCUGUUAAACAGCCGUGCUGCACUGCCGGGGCCGGGCAGUUCACAGGGGUACAAGGACCCCCACCCACUCAGGCAGCCCCUCUGCGCUUCUCCCCGCUUUCCUCCCACCGAUAGCCCCAAACCCUGCUCCAACGCUGCACGAAAAACAGGAAAACACCCGUUUUCAGCCUGCGGGUGACCUCAGGACGGAGGGGAGCAGCGCAAUGUCCCUCGGCGCGCCCACGAGCAGCGAUGCCUGCCUGAGCAUCGUGCACAGCCUGAUGUGCCACCGGCAGGGGGGGGAGAACGAGACCUUUGCCAAGCGGGCCAUCGAGAGCCUCGUCAAGAAGCUCAAGGAGAAGAAGGACGAGCUCGACUCACUCAUCGCCGCCAUCACCACCAACGGUGCCCACCCCAGCAAGUGCGUCACCAUCCAGCGCACCUUGGACGGGCGGCUCCAGGUGGCUGGCAGGAAGGGAUUCCCCCACGUCAUCUAUGCCAGGCUCUGGCGCUGGCCCGACCUACACAAAAACGAGCUGAAACACAUCAAAUUCUGCCAGUUUGCCUUCGACCUCAAGUACGACAGCGUCUGCGUCAACCCUUACCACUACGAGCGCGUGGUGGCCCCCACCAUCGGUCUGAGCAUCCAGAGCACAGUGCCCCCCACGCGCCUGGUGAAGGAGGAGUUUGUCCAUGACUGUGUGCAGAUGGAGGUGCCGCCCGGCCGGGAGCAGGGAGCCAAGCGGGCGCCACGUCUGCCCCCCGCUGAGCCAUACCGCCAGCCGCUGCCCCCCCUGCAGCUCCCUGAGUCCCCCCAUGUCCCCAGGAGCCUCUGCCCUGCGCUGCCCAUGUCACCCCCAGUGGCACCAGGCAGCUCCCUGCUCUCAUUGCCCCACGGCGAGGGGCUGCUGCAGAUCGCCUGCCCCACACCACCCCCAGUCGCCCUGGUGCAGCCCCCCCCCCAGAACGGCUACCCCAAGCUGCCCUACCACAGGCCCCCACACCAUGGCUCUGGGCCAUACCAGCAACCAGUGUCUACCCACCCGGGGCCAGAGUUUUGGUGCUCCAUUGCCUACUUUGAGAUGGAUGUGCAGGUGGGGGAGAUCUUCAAGGUGCCAUCCAGCUGCCCCGUGGUCAUCGUGGACGGUUAUGUGGACCCCUCGGGGGGGGACCGCUUCUGCCUGGGGCAGCUCUCCAAUGUGCACCGCACCGACGCCAGCGAGCGGGCCCGGCUGCACAUCGGGAAGGGCGUGCAGCUGGAGUGCCGGGGCGAGGGCGACGUGUGGAUGCGGUGCCUGAGCGACCACGCCGUCUUCGUGCAGAGCUACUACUUGGACCGGGAAGCCGGGAGAGCCCCGGGGGACGCCGUGCACAAGAUCUACCCCGGUGCCUACAUCAAGGUAUUUGACCUGCGCCAGUGCCACCGCCAGAUGCAGCAGCAAGCGGCCACGGCUCAGGCUGCGGCUGCUGCUCAGGCUGCUGCUGUAGCAGGCAACAUCCCAGGUCCCGGCUCAGUGGGAGGCAUCGCACCCGCUGUGGGGCUUUCAGCGGCAGCAGGGAUCGGCGUGGAUGACCUGCGGCGGUUGUGUAUCCUGCGGCUGAGCUUCGUCAAGGGCUGGGGGCCUGACUACCCCCGGCAGAGCAUCAAGCACACACCAUGCUGGAUCGAGGUGCACCUCCAUCGUGCCCUGCAGCUGCUGGACGAGGUCCUGCACACCAUGCCCGCCGUCGAGCCGAGCCCCCUGCGCUAAUCCUUGCCCCUCUUAAUUUAAUGUUUGUAA